CUCAAGCCAAUCCCAUCAACGAAGCGCUGCCUUCCUUGUCAUGGCUCGCUUGUUUCAGGCGCUUGUGCUGAUAUGGUUUGCGCCUAUAAUAGCAGCUUUGACCACAGAGAACCGUGAAGAGCCAGAAGGGGCAGCUCCAAAGGUGAGCUCCAACAAGAUCUCGCCUUUUGGCAGGGAGAACACCGCUGGUGAGCUUCAGGAUAGAGCUUCAAAGACACAGGACACCCUUGUGGAUGCGGUUGAGAACGCGGAGGUGGCCGAAAUCAAGCGUGCGGUGUUCCGUGCGCUGACUCGGCUGCGGGCGGCAACCAUCAAGGAGUUUGACACCAUCGCGCGCUUGGAGACAUCCUCUAUUGAUGCCUACAAUGACGCUCAUCACUAUCGUCGCGAGAACCCAUUGAGCCAUUUGCAUGAGGAUGAGGCACCGGUGCAAACGGACAAGCUGACGUCAUUUCACUGAGCGCGAAGAAAUCUUUGCAGCUUCGUAUAGGGCCUCCAUUGAGAGACAACAGAUAUGUCCAAGCUAGUUUUCAGGCUGUAUUUAAUUUUGUUCACCUGGUUUGAAGUGGGAGCACACCGUUGGAUGGCCAGUUACGGAACAACUUGUGCAAGUGGCGCCG